GGUGCUGCGGGGUGGGGCGGUGCCCAGAGUGGCUGCAGGUGCCUGCGCUCGGCACCGCGCUCCGCUCCCGCCUGGCCCCGCCGCUUCCCCGCGGCCCCCGCCGCAGCCAAGACGCCGCGGGCCGUGCUCCGAGUGAAGAAUGGGGCGGCCAAGCUGGCCAAGCCGCCCGCGGCGGCGGCGGGCGAGACCCCCGGAGCCGCCCCCGGAGCCGGGCUCUUCAUGGAGCGCUCGCAGAGCCGCCUCAGCCUCUCCGCAUCCUUCGAGGCGCUCGCCAUCUACUUCCCCUGCAUGAACAGCUUCGACGAGGAGGAUGCGGAUGGGGAUGGUCGAAGACUCAAAGGAGCCAUCCAGAGGAGCACAGAAACUGGGCUGGCUGUCGAAAUGCCCAGCCGGACUGUCCGUCAAGCCAGCCAUGAGUCCAUUGAGGACAGCAUGAACAGCUAUGGAUCGGAGGGAAACUUGAAUUUCAGUGGAGUCCAUCUGGCAUCUGCUGGGCGGUUCAGUGACUUCCUGGGGAGUAUGGGCCCUGCACAAUUUGUUGGGCGUCAGACCUUGGCCACCACCUCAAUGGGGGAUGUGGAAAUUGGCUUGCAAGAGCGAAAUGGGCAGCUAGAAGUGGAUAUCAUUCAAGCUCGAGGACUGACACCAAAACCCGGCUCCAAAACACUGCCAGCUGCUUACAUCAAAGCUUACCUGCUAGAAAAUGGCGUGUGCAUUGCGAAAAAGAAGACAAAAGUGGCUCGCAAAUCAUUAGACCCUUUGUACAAUCAGGUGUUGCUGUUUGCUGAGAGCCCCCAGGGCAAAGUAUUACAGUUACGAUGUCUUCUAUCUCCUGCCUUUCUUCCAUCUCCUUUGUACUGGUACAUAUCUGCUGGAGAUGCCGCCCUUCAUGUGCUGUGGACUGACCUGAACAGGACUGUUUUAUUCUGCCACGGGAGAGGAGAUUGAGGCUUCUAGGGGCACAGAAGAAAGAAAACCCAAUUUGUCAUCUGACAAGAAGGCGCUGGAGAGUGUGUAACCUUCCUUGUGGAGAGAAGGGUGCUUUAGGCAGUCCUGGUAGUGCACAGACAUUGCCAAGUGUCCCGAGAGAAGAGAUGCAACCCCCGAAGUGUGGAGAGGUAGUGGGUGAGGAAUCUGAAGAUGUAGUGAUCACAGCAUGUAUAUUUUGUUCAUUAAAGUGCAACAUUAAUUGUAAACGACUCUUGUAGAUUAAGCCAGUAAAGCACAUUCUCUGAGCUGCUGAGCCACAGUGGCUGCUCUCAGCAGUCACGUGCUGGAGUAAGGUGAGCUAGAUCCUUCAGACACUUAAAAACUUAAUAUCCAAAAUCACAGAGAAUCUCUGAAGAUUUUCUUUGAUUGACCUGUUUUGGCUAGGUUUCGUUGUAAUUCUUAAUAAGGAUUUGAUGACUCUUGUCUCAAAAUAAGCUUUAGGAGAUGCUUUCCUUUGUGAUUUAAAAGUGAAGGUCCCAUGCCACAUUUAGGAACGAGCAGACUCUUGACCUUCCCUAGAGGUAAAUGUUUAAUUUCUGCGUGUGGGCCUCAGCUUUGUUAGGAUAAAAGCAUGAGUGUUGAGUGGAUGAUAAAAGCAGUUGCUUUUGGUCUUAGCUUGUCUAUGGCAUUUUAAAUUAUUUUGAGAUAAAUUACAUGUUAGAUGCAAAAAUAAUAGCCCUUACAAAUAAUCUCUGUAAAAAUUAUAUAAAGGAGAGGGAAAGAUGAGAAGGGACACAGAAUGAAUAGUUUUUUUGAGUCUUCGGUGGCAAAAGCUUCAACAUUUCAGCUAAAUCUCUUAAUUUCCUUGAUCAAAUACGUCUCUGGCCUCUCACUAAUUAUUUUUUCUAAUUGUAUUAGGCAAUUUCUAUAUAUUAUCUGAGGAAAGUUUGUUGCAUGCUGGUCAAACUAUGUUGUGGCUCUUUUCUUUUUUUUUUUUAAACAAAGCACAUUUAGUAUAAUUCCCAAGUCUGCAUCUUUUCCUCUUGGUAUGUAGUGAGUACUAGGCAAUAUUGUACAAUAUGUGUAUGAACUAGAAUAGAUUAGGUAGAUUUAGUGAUUUGUAGCACUGGAUCUUUUAAUAACUAUGACUUUAAAAGGACCACAGGGAGCUGCAGGUAUCUGCCAGACCUGGCAGCUGAGUAACAGGGCUUCUGUCUUAAGGUAUGCCGAAAACUUUAUAUCGGAGCUUAGUUUGGACGUUAUCUACCAGUAACAGCUAGUUAAUUGUGGUUUUCCUGUGUCCAAUAAGAUGAAUGCAACAUUUCUGCAGUCUUUGAGGAGUAGGAGACUUUAUAUACCAAAAAUAUUCCCCCCCGAGAACUUUGUUUAGCGACUGUCUGUUGAAAAACUGUCCCUGUGUGCCUGGUCAAUGCGAUGUGUCUCUGUAUCCUAGCCCUCCAAAAGCCCUACAAGCUCAGCGAUGAUCAGUUUAGUUACAAUAGGACUACUUCACACUGAGGACUAUCUUCUGUAUGUUUUUAAUCAUGCUGAAAGGUCACUGUCAGAGUGAAAAAAAAAAAAAAAAAUUACACUUCUCCUUGUGUUAUUUUUGUUAACGUCUCAGAUUCUGAAAUUUGGAGGCAGUUUUAACUGUCUGCUCUGUCCUGUUUUCUUCUGCAUUUUUUACGUGGUUGAUUGUAGUCCAAAAGUUCUCGCUUUUGUUUCCACUCACUUCCAAGUCCUGUUUCUCCCAAGUAAGCAAACGUUGCAACCCCUGGCUGCCCUGCACAGCAAAGUCACACAAACUGGCAAGUGCAGAUGCUCUUCCUUUGUAAAGCAGACUCACAGGAGCCCUUCUGAGCAUGCCCACAGGUGCUGAGCAAAGCCAGCAGAGCUGCACCAUACCCUGCAGGCUAAAUUCUUGUUUCACUCAUGCCUGUGAUUCCUGUGCUAACCAUGGCAUAGUAUAGUUAAAAAAUAAAUCUUCUAGUUAUCCAUCAAUUUGAAGACUCCCAAUAUGGUAUCCAAGGCAAGUCUUAGGCUUGGAGUAGCUUAUUUUUAUGAAGCCUAACUUUUCCGCUCCCUGAAUUUGACUCGCCAGUUUCUAAGGUGAUGUGAUGUGACAGUUGGGAUUACCAGUGUGGUUGUGUAGAAAUUACCAGUUUGCUAGAGUGAUGAGCAGCUGAAAACUAAACUUUGGUUUCCUUUGCAAGUCCUGAAUGAGUUUUUUCCUGUGUCUGAGUCCAGCUUUGACUGUAGUCAGGGACGAGGAGAGGGACAGGAAGAUCAGAAGUCUUAAAAAAGCCCCAGACUUCAUAGUAUUUUUAGUCUGAGAACAAUGGUGAGGGAUGAGACUGAGGAGAGAGAAAUACCUGCCCGGCUCAGGGUUGAUUCCUUGUUCCUUGUCCAUGAAAUACUACAUUUUAAUAGUAAUGGGAGGAUUGCUUGCCAAAAAAGUGGAGAGCUGGUCCCUAAAUGUUACCUGUAUUACUACUACCGUGGAAAGCAAAGAGAUCCUGUGAGCAGGAUGAUCUCUCUCCACCAGGAAUGCCCUGUACACAGGGAGAGCAGAGCACUGAAACCAUGCCUCACACACGGCUUCAUUAUCUUUGUGGUCUGAGGAAAAGGUAGCCGUGGCUGCGAUUAGUCCUGGUUUGUUCAGGCAAAAAAUGUGGUAUUUUUCCAGUCUCCUGGUGUUGCUUUCCCUUUGCCCCAACACAGCUGGGAUGUCACAGAGUCAACACAAGGUCCUUGCUCUGCAAUUCAACCUAUGGGUCCUUGUCCUGCAGCUGAAGCUGGGUGGAGCAUCCCUUUGCAUCACUUAUGAGUGUCGGUACUUUUGAGUCUACAAGCAGGGAAAGGGCCAGGUGACUUUAUUAUUUAGCCAAUUACAUCCUCACUUCUUGGCCGUGAAUUGUUUCAAAGGACGUCGCAGAAUUAUUUGCUUUGAAUGAAAAUAUAUAUUUUUUGUUUCUAGCUACCGGAUCCUUUAUCAAUGUACUGUUCUAAAUUUGCAGGUCUCCUGGAGUCAGAAUAUCACAAGUUCCUGUAAAGGAGCUGUUUUUAAGAUGUUGAGGCAGUUAACGGAAUCUCAACCUAAGCGUGUUUAGUAAUGCUUAGAUAGCAAGACAACUUUUUUAUGAAACUCAUUUUAAGUUAGUUUAUUACAUGUUGUUGGUAAUAUUUUAAACAGGAAAAAUAUUUUUCUUUAAAGACAAAAUGAUGUAUGUUUUUUAACAGAUAAUAUAAUUUAGUGUUUUCAAAAAAUGUUUAAUGUUCUUGCUAUGAAGUUUACUCAUUAUUUUGAUUUCUAUGUUCCUUGUUAUACUUUAUCAACUUUUUUUUCCCAACAGAAGAGGCAUAUGUAAAUAAACACCAGAAAAGAGUCCUAUAAGAAAUUCUGUUCAAACUGGCCAUAAAAUUAUUAGUAAAUAUUUGUUAUCGUUCAUUAACUCUCAGCUACUAUUCAAAUCUUUGUUGAAAGAAUUGAUGUUGUAUUUUCAAGAUGAGAACUACUUAGCUAGUUUUGUCAUAAUCCUGUACUCUGUAUAAAAAUCUUUUUAUAAAGAAAGUCUAAUAGGCUAACAAGCAAUAAUAUAUUCCAUUUGGUGUGCACAGAUUGUGACUUGCAGGCUGUAGUAUAUAUUGUUGAUACGGUUUAUAAUUGUCUUCAAUCUCGAUGACACUACUUUUGAAAAAGAUCCAUAUUAACUUUGAUUUUAAAAAUACAAAGACUGGGCUGUUGCCUUGUGAGAUAUAUUCAUCCUUUAGACUUCUCUGUGAGUAUAUGUGCCCAUCGACACAAAAUCUCUCUUAAGUGAAGAAUGAAACAGCUGUAGGUGACUUCAUUCUCCUGAGGUAAUGAUAGUUUCAGUAUAAACUUCACGACUGUUUGGAUCUCUGUGUUUUUUUUAGGCUAUCUUGUAUUUGUAACUCAAUGAGAAUGGUUCCCACUGCCACUGUAGCCCUGAUAAAGCAAAAAAGUCUUUGCACUCUGGGGCCGCACGAGUUCUGCCUGACAGCUGCCUAUUUUCCUUGAGAUACCAGGGGCAAGCUAAAGAGAGGGGGGCGUUUUCAGAGCAGCAGGUUGCGCUGCUCUUCUUUAAAGGCUUUGUGGGUGAUUUUAUCCAUUCCAUAGGUGGUACUUGUCCAUUUUAUUAGAAAAUUCCACCCAAGGCAGAGAUUGCACCUUUGCAGAGGUUCAUGGGGACCAGUGUGUAAGAGAGGAACAGGCUGUUCUGAGCCAUUCUUCAGCAGCUGGCUGAUGCUGGCCUCAGCUAGAGGAUUUCCAAAGUGGCACGAUCAGGAUAUUGGAUUUUAAGUCAGCUCUGUCAUUGAUUGAGGGCAUAAAACAGCUUCAAACCAGCAUCCCAGUUCAUUGCCUGUGGAUUUCUUGCAGCAUUUCCCGUAGGAAAACUCUUUAUGUUGUUCUCAAGAUUGCCAGUUGGCUGGCCAUGCAGGGAGCGCGGGGGUCACUGGCCUGGUGAUGCUGGGAGCCCUGAGGGAUGAUGAAGUAAGUCAUUUUUAUUUGUGAAAUGCUUGGAGAAGAGAGAGAUGUGUAAAUGCAAAGUCAGUAGAGAAGUCUAGGGCAUAUUUGAGACCUGGUGCGAGUGUCUAAAAUGGAAUUGCAGCUACCAAAUUUGAGCAAAGCAGUUAGAAAAGAGGAUGAUCAGCGAGAGCGUUUGCACAUUGACCCCAGUGCACACCUGCUAGGAUGUGUAUGUUUGUGGAUGUCCAUUUGUGUGGUCUGUAUGGAUGUGUACAGGCACACAGUGCACAGCAAUGCUUUGGCAAAUGCCAGGUUCCCUUCAAGAGGUGAAAUUUCUCUGAAGAAGCUGGUUGGUUGUGCAAUCAGUGUCUCAUUCCCUGGUGUGAGCCCUUUGUCCACGUGAGACCCAGCAGCUGAGGCUGUGGGACACUGGUGAAAGCAGAGACCCAGCGCUGCACUCCUGCUGUGCGCUGCAUCUAUCUGAUGGUCUGACUGGCUUCCCAGCCUGCGUCUGUGAACAUGGCAGAUCCCUGGGGAGUUUGUAAGUGGUUAGAUAUUCCCCAAAUGUGGCUAAUGAGACUUAAAACUCACACCUCCAGACUCUUUGCUUAGUGAUGGGUGACCAAGCAGCCACACGUACAUCCCUGCUGCUUGCUCAUGACAGCAGCAGCAGACUUGCUCCUGGGGUACCUCAAGCUCCUCUCCUGGUGUAGACACCCUUCUGCCCUCCCUUCCUUGUUGUAGCUGCUCUCGUCCUGAUGGAGGAGAGGAACUGGGAAGAGUUUCUUGUAGCAUUUGGUUCUUUGCACUUUAGCAGCUGAAACUGAGAAGGAGCCAGCACCAGCCCUUUACAGAGCACCAGCAAACAGAGGCUGCAACCUAACAAUUUACCCUUCAUGACCUUUUGGUAGCUAAAAUGGCAACCAAAGCUGUGUUGUUAAAACCCACUCUGCUGAGUCAGGAAACAGCCUUUGCAUUUACACUGCACGCUGGGUGCCUUGGGUGGGCAUGAGACUCCCUGUGUGGGCAGGAAAGGCUUUGCCUUGCCAAGAGGCUGGGCACACGUGGGCAGCAGUGAGCGCUGUUCACUGAGCAGCGACGGGGCAGAAGCAACCCAAGGGAAGUGCUGAAGCCGUGCCCUCAAGCUUUCCAGGUUUUUGUAGUUGCUUGGGCACCACAGACUGGGAUAGCUGCCCACUGGGGCUCUACUAAACACCAGCCUGGAACUUUAAAUCCUGCAGGAGUUUUUUUCUUUAGGGCUAUCGCUUCUUACCUAGUGCUGCUCACUGGUCUCUGCUUUGGUGAUUCCAUCUCCUUGACCCGGAGCUGGUUUUGGCUUUGUUUGGAGCAACGAAGACUUGAGAUUGGGAGGGUGAAUCCAAGGCACGUUCCUGGAGCCUCACCGUGCUGGGCUUGCCUUCCUCCUGCUCCCUACCCCUGGCAGAAAGGACACCCUGGAGAUCCACUGCCAUGGCCUGCCACCACUGGGGAUGCCCAUGUCCUGCCCACAUUUUGUGGCAGUCCUUAAUUCAGACCACAGGGAGUCUUUCUUUUCCUGUUCUUGGUAGGAGCUAGGGGUCUUCUGCAGGGGCUCUGCAGCCCAUGCAGGCGUGCCAUGCCAUAUGGAUGGGCAGGAGAAGGCAGGGAUAGGGUGGGAGCUGCCUCUGUGCUGGCCAGGGAGAAGGGGAGCUCCCAGCGAGCUCUCCUCCAGGUUCUGUUUGUCUUUCCCCUGCGCCCACUGCUCCCUACAUGGGUUGCCCCUUCCCUCUCAAGAUGAGGCCUUAUUCAAGCCCGAGGGGACUGAGGCACCCGCAGCAUCUCUUUGCACUGAGGCAUCCAUCCCACGCUGCCCGUGGGGAGCCCCAGGACUGCUGCAGAGCUGGCCUCUGCUCGGGGAUGGAGCCAUCACCCCCAGCACAUCCAUGCUCUCACCUCCCCAGCGCCAGCGUGCCAGCACUCUGCCUUGUACCCCAGCUGCCCAGGGGGCUGGCUGUGGUAGGGAAAUCUGCAUUCAUGGGGUCAAACCUUUUUACUUCAUUAAUUGCUCCACAAUAGCUUUGCAGGGGCACCACAAGGCUGCUACCUCUCCUUUUGCCUUUCCAUAGGAGUGAGGGCAGCCGAUCUGCUGGUUUUGGCCUCUGUAACACUCAAAAACUUUUUAACAUCAACUGGUGAGAUUUAAUCUCUGUGGAGCCAGAGAGAACACAGGCAAUGGAGCUGGGCAGCCUGCUUGCCACUGCGGUGAGUUGCUUGUGAGGUGCAUGGGCUGCCUUGGGUGGAAAGCGAUAUACCGUCCCAGCAGCACUGGUGGGACACCGGCUGCUCAUCUGUAGUCAGGAGAUGAUUCUGCUGUACUUUUUGCCUGUCUGUAGGUUUUAUUCAGACAAUAUGUAAUGAUUGAGUGAUUUACAAUUCAGUGUUAAGCUAAUGAAAAUGUUGAUAAUGGUGACAAUAAAACCUUUUUU